AUGAGUCUCUCUCAACUAGUGCACCAGCUGCAGCAAGCUGUUUAUGAAAUAAUAACCACUAAGAAAGUGUCAGCUGUUUCCCAGUCUAAGAAGACGCAAUGUCGCCGAGAGUGCAGUGAGAUGUGCCUUUUACGAGGCCAGACUUCUGGAGCAUGCUUGCACAAGUCUUGUUACUGCGGUGGACAAGUGUCGUCUCCG